UCAAACUCCAACCACAAAAAUGCGCGCUACUUGGAGGAGCAAUGUGAUCAUGUCUGGCUGGGCACUGUCAAACUCUUCUGGACUUAUGGGACAUGGAAUGUUGAAAAAAACACUGUGUCCUCAUCUCCCUCCCAUCAAAUCAAGUGGUGCAUGAUGCUAUAUUUUCUCACAUCCCAAUCAAUAUUCAUUCCAAAUAUACAAUACUUUUCUUUAAAAACAAAUACAAUCGCAAUUUUAAUCUAAGGAAGAAAGAAAUAUUUUAGUGUUUUAUGUUUUUGCUUCACUUCCUUCUCACACCAUCAUAUAUUUUGAAGUUUGAAUAUCCAUAUCCUACUUUUAACUUCUUUAAGUUCUAAUUCCCUUCGCUUCUUCUCUUUUCUUUUAAUAUUACAAUUCAAAUACAUUUUUAUAAAUAACAAUUACAAAAAUUACAAUUUGAGAUGCAAACCCCAUAAUGAAAACCAAAAUUUUGGGCUUCCCAAACAAGUUGGAGUGAGUUACAGUUACUGCAAAAGAGAUGCAUGAUUAGGGUGGUGAGGAGGAUGAUAAUGAUGGAAGGUAGACGGCGGGGAAGGCGGGGCAGUGCUCGGACGCUUCUACCUAUGCGCUCCCCCACCAGGCCACUUUCCAGCACCGUCUCUUGCUGGUAUUGUGAUUUCAAGUUCUCGGCCCUCAAUGAACCCUUGUUUCGAUUCGGUCGCAGAUACUCUAGGUACUUGCGAGUCUGGUUUUCCAUGGGAGUUGGGUUUAGUUUAGCUGCCCUCCUUGGAGUUUCAAUAAUUCUUCUUUGUGAAUUUGCCCGUGCACCACUUGUGUUUGCUGGAAAAGCCCAGCGUGGUAACUUCUUAUCCGGGCUUUCCAUUUUGAUUGCUGGAUUGAACAUCUCACUUCCUAGUAUGGGAUACUUGUGCAUAUCUUCUAUCAUUGGUGUAAUUGUGCAUGAGUUGGGGCAUGGUCUUGCUGCAGCAAGUGAAGGUGUGCAAGUGGAGUAUAUAGCUGUCUUCUUGGCUAUGUUGUUUCCAGGAGCUUUGGUGGCUUUCAAUCACGCAUCACUGGACAUAUUGCCUGACAUGGCUUCUCUCCGUAUAUACUGUGCUGGUAUUUGGCACAAUGCAGUUUUUUGUGCAGUUUGCACCUUGUCUUUGCUCCUUCUUCCCCUCAUUUUGAGUCCAUUAUACAUACAUGGUGAAAGCCCCAUGGUUUUGGAUGUGCCUUCUGGGUCACCAUUAUAUGGUUAUCUGUCACCUUAUGAUGUUAUUUUUUCUUUGGAUGACUUCCGAAUUCAUACUGCAGAAGAGUGGAAGCAGAUGAUUGCUAUGUUGACUGAGCAGACCCACCUAGUUACCUCUGGUGGAUCUAGUGGAAUAGAUGUUGGAAAAGGUUAUUGUGUUCCUCAUUCUUUGAUUAAACAAAGCAAUCAUGUUCAAUUCGAAAGGAAUCAAACAUAUUGUCCAAAUGAACUUAUUGCAUUUGCAUCGAUGACAUGUCUGGAUGUGAGCAAGUACAGUGAUGGUGGCAAUAAAAAUAAUCAUAAGAACACAAGAGAAAGCGUUCAUUGUUUGGAUCCCAAGGAUGUCAUAAAGCUCAAAAGAUGUGCAUACAGUGAACAAACUCCAAGAAAUGAAAGUGGCUGCCUUUGUUCUGAGGUUGAGAGAUGCUUGAAGCCGGUGCAACUGCCAGGUCUAGGAUGGGUCGAGAUAACAUAUUCAAGUCUAGAUUGCCAGGAUCACAUGAGAAGUUUAUUUUCAGAUGACAAGCAUUCCAAUUUUCGAGAAAAAAGCUGCCUUCAAACUUUUGUCUUUGUUGGUGAUCUCAUGUCUAUUGCACAUUCAAUUCGUUUGACUUCAUAUCAGCCUCGUUGGUUAAUUUAUUCUGCUACAAAUAUUCCAAGUCUGUUGGAGAAACUUUUCACAUCUGCCUUCCAUGUCUCUAUGGUACUUGCUCUUUUGAACAGCCUGCCGGUAUUUUUCCUCGACGGUGAAUCCAUCCUAGAAGUGAGCCUAAACUACUUUGGUUCUUUCAGCUCCAGGAUGAAGCGAUCGAUUCUGUGGGCCUGCCUGCUUGUAGGGACCUUUGGUUCUACCUAUUUUAUCUUGCAGACAAUCAUUGUCGCCGCAAUAAUGUGAUUUCCUCCUCUCAUCAAAUGGCCAUCUGUACUCCGUCCGAACUAGGCUCUAUGUUAAACAUGGAAGUUGAAGGUGGCAGUCCCUUGGCGGUGUUUUGUUUAUAGUGAUUUCAACACCCUUUGAAAUUACAGUUAAUUACACAAACACCCUUUGUCUUUAUAAAUUAUAGAUACACCUCUUUAGGGGUGUUGGUACAAUGCACCCGUAGGGUGUUUGUGUAAAGUUUUGAUAGGAGCUGAAUUUGUAAUUACAACUGCAAUUUUGAAAGACAUUUAUAGUUUUGCAAAUAGGGGUGUUUAUGCAAUUAAACUUAAUCUCAUGGUGU